UUUAUUCCAACUCCUGAAAGCGGUAGGGAAGAGGUUAAGCUGGACCAGGAGGAUUUUUGAAGUCUUUGGCUGGGAGGUUCCAUUUGGAGAAAGGUGAAGGGGAGUUACGGGUGGCGAGAGAAACAAGGCAAGUUCUCAUUCGCUAGGAUUUCUGAUCCUGAGGAGUUUGAUUCUCACCUGAGGGCGCAGUCGGGCACCCUGGCUCCUGGAUGGAAAUAUUAACGAGCAGAACUUGCCAGACAAGCGUCUGGAGAGUGUAGAGUGAAGCAUGGAAAGGACCGCGCGGCCCCUUUAAGUAUUCUCCGGCCGGGAAAAAGAGGGAGGAAACUGGGAGCCGCGGGGACGUUGGGGGAAACCCACAAGCUAGCGAGCGGGUGAAGAGGCAGCGUGAGAGCAGAAACUUCAGACGCUGCUGAUCCCGGUGGAGCUUGGGUGAGCCGCGGCGGCCGUCGCUCCCACCCGCAGCAGCAUCCUCCUUGUUCCUCUCCGCCACCCCGGGGGGAUCCAGGAGCUGCCUCUUCUCAACUACCACGAGCCAGGGCUGCAAGCAGCCACCGUCAGGAAGUUUGGGCUCCAGCGUCCCAGCUGCAGAGAGUUCGGGGUGCUUUGCGCGCACGCCCCUGCGGGCGAGGGGCCAGGGGGAUGGUGAGCGCCGCGCCAAGCUGGGGGCGCCUCGGUGGCGAGAGUGUGUUGGUGGACCUGCUGCCGUCCUCAGUGCCUUCCGCAUCCCCCAAGUGAUGGGAAAAGGGGCCCGCCCGGGCAACCGCUGUCGCCGCACCGCCCCCUCGCUCGCCCCCAGCGCUCGGAGUCACCCAGGCACACCCCCGGCACCCAGUGCCUGUCCUCCCGAGCUGCUGCCGCUGCCUUGGCUGCCUUUGCCACCGCCGCGGGUGGCCAGCUGUUGACUGGGCUCGCCAAUAGACGGAGAAGCACUUUUCAGCCGUCCCUAAUCCGUUCUCUCACCCCAACUUUGCGGCUGCCGCGCCGGCCGUCGCCGCGGCGCUCGGGCGCACAGGGUGGGGGCGCACGCCGGGAGGCUCGGCAAGAUCGUGGAGGCAGGAAACCGCACAACUGCUCUUCUGCUUCGGCUCUUUGUUGUUCGCUUUGGAUGGUCCUUGGAAGUGGCCGAGCCUCCUCGAAAACCGUGAAGCCAGAGAAGGCAAACCUUGGAAUUCUUAGGCUGCAGAGGGCUCUGAGAUAUUGACAAGCGUCCGAAAAGGUGGACAAGUAAUUGCUCUGAAAACUCCUGGCGGAUUGACCCACGUUGCUUAUAUUAAGCCUUUGUGUGUAGUGUGUGGUGUGUGGCUUCAUAAAUUUGGGGACCCCAUUUCUACUCCCUCCUCUUGGCAUGAGACUGUAUGCAGGAUCCACCCGAGGACAAUGAUCGCGGAGCCUGCUCACUUUUACCUCUUUGGAUUAAUAUGUCUCUGUUCAGGCUCCCGUCUUCGUCAGGAAGAUUUCCCACCUCGCAUUGUUGAACACCCUUCAGACCUAAUUGUCUCAAAAGGAGAACCUGCGACAUUGAACUGCAAAGCUGAAGGGCGCCCCACACCCACCAUUGAAUGGUACAAAGGUGGGGAGAGAGUGGAGACAGACAAAGAUGACCCUCGCUCACACCGAAUGUUGCUGCCAAGUGGAUCUUUAUUUUUCUUACGUAUAGUGCAUGGACGGAAAAGUAGGCCUGAUGAAGGGGUCUACGUCUGUGUUGCAAGGAAUUACCUCGGAGAGGCUGUGAGUCACAAUGCAUCGCUGGAGGUAGCUAUACUGCGGGAUGACUUCAGACAAAAUCCGUCCGAUGUCAUGGUGGCAGUGGGAGAGCCUGCAGUGAUGGAAUGCCAGCCUCCACGAGGCCAUCCUGAGCCCACCAUUUCGUGGAAGAAAGAUGGCUCUCCACUGGAUGAUAAAGAUGAAAGAAUAACUAUACGAGGAGGAAAGCUCAUGAUUACUUAUACCCGUAAAAGUGAUGCUGGCAAAUAUGUUUGUGUUGGUACCAACAUGGUUGGGGAACGUGAGAGUGAAGUAGCAGAGUUAACUGUUUUAGAGAGACCAUCGUUUGUGAAGAGACCUAGUAAUUUGGCAGUAACUGUGGAUGACAGUGCAGAAUUUAAAUGUGAGGCCCGGGGUGACCCUGUGCCUACCGUACGAUGGAGGAAAGAUGAUGGAGAACUGCCCAAAUCCAGAUAUGAAAUCAGAGAUGAUCAUACCUUGAAAAUUCGGAAGGUAAUGGCUGGUGACAUGGGGUCAUAUACUUGUGUUGCUGAAAAUAUGGUUGGAAAAGCUGAAGCAUCAGCCACUCUGACUGUCCAAGUUGGGUCUGAACCUCCACAUUUUGUCGUGAAACCUCGCGACCAGGUUGUUGCCUUGGGACGAACUGUAACUUUCCAGUGUGAAGCAACCGGAAAUCCUCAACCAGCUAUUUUCUGGAGGAGGGAGGGAAGUCAGAAUCUGCUUUUCUCAUAUCAGCCACCACAGUCAUCCAGCCGUUUUUCAGUCUCCCAGACUGGUGACCUCACGAUUACUAAUGUCCAGCGAUCUGAUGUUGGUUAUUAUAUCUGCCAGACUUUAAAUGUUGCCGGAAGUAUCAUCACAAAAGCAUAUUUGGAAGUUACUGAUGUGAUUGCAGACCGACCUCCCCCAGUCAUUCGACAAGGUCCUGUGAAUCAGACUGUAGCAGUGGAUGGUACUUUAGUGCUCAGCUGUGUGGCCACAGGCAGUCCAGUGCCCACAAUUCUGUGGAGAAAGGAUGGAGUGCUUGUUUCAACCCAAGAUUCUCGAAUCAAACAGCUGGAGACUGGAGUCCUACAGAUCCGAUAUGCUAAGCUGGGUGACACUGGUCGGUACACCUGCAUUGCAUCAACCCCCAGUGGUGAAGCAACGUGGAGUGCUUACAUUGAAGUUCAAGAAUUUGGAGUUCCGGUUCAGCCUCCAAGACCCACCGACCCAAAUUUAAUCCCUAGUGCCCCCUCAAAACCUGAAGUAACAGAUGUCAGCCGAAAUACAGUAACAUUGUCAUGGCAACCAAAUUUGAAUUCAGGUGCAACUCCAACAUCUUAUAUUAUAGAAGCCUUCAGCCAUGCAUCUGGUAGCAGCUGGCAGACUGUGGCAGAGAAUGUGAAAACAGAAACAUUUGCCAUUAAAGGACUCAAACCUAAUGCAAUUUACCUUUUCCUUGUGAGGGCAGCAAAUGCAUAUGGAAUUAGUGAUCCAAGCCAGAUAUCAGACCCAGUGAAAACACAAGAUGUUCCCCCAACCAGUCAGGGGGUAGAUCACAAGCAGGUCCAGCGAGAACUGGGAAAUGUUGUACUGCACCUCCACAACCCCACCAUCCUUUCUUCCUCUUCAAUUGAAGUGCACUGGACCGUGGACCAACAGUCUCAGUAUAUUCAAGGAUACAAAAUUCUUUAUCGCCCUUCUGGAGUCACCCAUGGGGAAGCGGAGUGGUUAGUUUUUGAAGUGAGGACUCCAACCAAAAACAGCGUGGUUAUCCCUGAUCUCAAAAAAGGAGUUAACUAUGAAAUUAAGGCUCGUCCUUUUUUCAAUGAAUUUCAAGGAGCAGACAGUGAAAUUAAAUUUGCCAAAACCCUAGAAGAAGCACCCAGUGCCCCACCCCAAAGUGUAACUGUAUCAAAGAACGAUGGAAAUGGAACUGCAAUUCUUGUUAGUUGGCAGCCACCUCCUGAAGAUACUCAGAAUGGAAUGGUCCAAGAGUAUAAGGUUUGGUGUCUGGGCAAUGAAACUCGGUAUCAUAUAAACAAGACAGUAGAUGGUUCCACCUUUUCUGUGGUUAUUCCCUCACUGGUUCCUGGGAUCCGAUACAGCGUAGAGGUGGCAGCCAGCACUGGGGCUGGAGCUGGGGUGAAGAGCGAGCCACAGUUCAUCCAGUUAGAUUCACAUGGAAACCCCGUGUCACCUGAGGACCAAGUCAGCCUUGCUCAGCAGAUCUCGGACGUUGUGAAGCAGCCGGCAUUCAUUGCGGGAAUUGGGGCAGCGUGUUGGAUCAUCCUUAUGGUCUUUAGCAUCUGGCUGUAUCGACACCGGAAGAAGAGAAAUGGGCUGACUAGCACUUAUGCGGGUAUCAGAAAAGUCCCGUCUUUUACCUUCACACCAACAGUAACUUAUCAAAGAGGAGGCGAAGCUGUGAGCAGUGGAGGGAGGCCAGGACUUCUCAACAUCAGUGAGCCUGCCACACAGCCAUGGCUGGCAGACACCUGGCCUAACACAGGGAACAACCACAAUGACUGCUCCAUCAAUUGCUGCACAGCAGGCAACGGGAACAGCGACAGCAACCUGACCACAUAUAGUCGCCCAGCUGAUUGUAUAGCAAAUUAUAACAACCAACUGGAUAACAAACAAACAAAUCUGAUGCUCCCUGAGUCAACUGUUUAUGGUGAUGUGGACCUUAGUAACAAAAUCAAUGAGAUGAAAACCUUCAAUAGCCCAAAUCUGAAGGAUGGGCGUUUUGUCAAUCCAUCAGGGCAGCCCACUCCUUAUGCCACCACCCAGCUCAUCCAGUCAAACCUCAGCAACAACAUGAACAAUGGCAGCGGGGACUCUGGCGAGAAGCACUGGAAACCGCCUGGACAGCAGAAGCAAGAAGUGGCACCGAUUCAGUAUAACAUCAUGGAGCAAAACAAACUGAACAAAGAUUAUCGAGCCAAUGAUACAAUUCCUCCAACAAUCCCAUACAACCAAUCAUAUGACCAGAAUACAGGAGGAUCCUACAAUAGUUCAGACCGGGGCAGUAGUACAUCUGGGAGUCAGGGGCACAAGAAAGGGGCACGGACACCCAAAGUACCAAAACAAGGUGGCAUGAACUGGGCAGACCUGCUUCCUCCUCCUCCUGCACAUCCUCCUCCUCAUAGUAAUAGUGAAGAGUACAGUGUUUCUGUAGAUGAAAGCUAUGACCAAGAAAUGCCAUGUCCUGUGCCACCAGCAAGGAUGUAUUUGCAGCAAGGUGAACUAGAAGAAGAGGAAGAUGAACGAGGCCCCACUCCGCCUGUGCGGGGAGCAGCCUCUUCUCCAGCUGCCGUGUCUUAUAGCCACCAGUCCACUGCCACUCUGACCCCCUCUCCACAGGAAGAACUCCAGCCCAUGUUACAGGAUUGCCCAGAGGAGAUUGGCCACAUGCAGCUCCAAACCGAUAGGAGAAGGCAGCCUGUGAGCCCUCCUCCACCUCCACGGCCAAUUUCCCCACCGCAUACCUAUGGCUACAUAUCAGGACCCCUUGUCUCAGAUAUGGAUACGGAUGCUCCAGAAGAGGAAGAAGACGAAGCCGACAUGGAAGUGGCCAAGAUGCAGACCAGAAGGCUUUUGUUACGCGGGCUUGAGCAAACCCCUGCCUCUAGUGUUGGGGACCUGGAGAGCUCUGUCACUGGGUCCAUGAUCAAUGGCUGGGGCUCAGCCUCAGAGGAGGACAACAUUUCCAGUGGACGUUCCAGUGUUAGUUCUUCUGACGGCUCUUUUUUCACCGAUGCCGAUUUUGCCCAGGCGGUCGCAGCAGCAGCCGAGUAUGCUGGUCUGAAGGUGGCUCGUCGCCAAAUGCAGGAUGCUGCUGGCCGCCGCCAUUUUCAUGCAUCCCAGUGCCCUCGACCCACAAGUCCUGUGUCUACAGAUAGCAACAUGAGUGCUGCUGUAGUGCAGAAGGCCAGACCAGCCAAGAAACAAAAACACCAGCCGGCACAUCUGCGCAGAGAAACCUACACAGAUGAUCUUCCUCCUCCUCCUGUGCCACCUCCUGCUAUAAAGUCACCCACUGUCCAAUCUAAGGCACAGCUGGAGGUACGACCUGUAAUGGUGCCAAAACUCCCUUCUCUAGAAGCAAGAACAGAAAGGUCAUCAGAUAGAAAAGGAGCCAGUUACAAGGGGAGAGACGUGUUGGAUGGAAGACAAGUUGCUGAUAUGCGACCAAACCCAGGUGAUCCCAGAGAAGCACAGGAACAGCAAAAUGAUGGGAAAGGACGAGGAAAUAAGGCAGCAAAACGAGACCUUCCACCAGCAAAGACUCAUCUCAUCCAAGAGGAUAUUCUACCUUACUGUAGACCUACUUUUCCGACAUCAAAUAAUCCCAGAGAUCCUAGUUCUUCGAGCUCAAUGUCGUCAAGAGGAUCAGGAGGCAGACAAAGAGAACAAGCAAAUGUAGGUCGAAGAAAUAUUGCAGAAAUGCAAGUUCUUGGAGGAUACGAAAGAGGAGAAGAUAAUAAUGAAGAAUUAGAGGAAACUGAAAGCUGAAGACAACCAGAGAGGCUUGUGAGAUCUCAUGUCAAAGUUAUCACUCAAGAUGCCUCUUGUCUGAUGACAUAUGACGCCAGAUAAAAUGUUCAGUGCAAUCAGAGUGUACAAAUUGUCAUUUUUAUUCCCCUUAUUGGAAUACCAUUUUUUAAAUUUUAUUGGGGUUUUAUUGUUGUUGUUUGAUCCCUAUCCCUAUGAAGAACAUCUUGCCAGGGACUUCCCAUCGCUAUUGGAACAAAUCAUUACAAGGGAAGUGUUUGACUUCUUGCUUCAGUCAUCAGCCAGCAAGGGAGAACCAAACAGUUCUUUUGCAUCUUGCCCCUGAGAUAUGGCAUUGCACUGCUUCUAUACCAAGCCAAUUUACAGCAAAAUAUUGAUCAAAGAUACAAAGUUGACUAAUCAACCUCAUGUCAAGGGCUCUCAAGAUAUAAUCUUUCUAUAACCAACUGCUAAUGCAACUUAAAACAUAACUUCAUUUUAACGUGAUUUUAAAAUCAGUCUCUCAUAUCACCCUCUGCUGGGAAAAAAAAAAAAAACAUAUAUAUAUAUAGCAAAUGCAGAACAACCACAAUCAAUUUGAAUGGGGUAGAAACAUUGUAAAUACAUACUCUUUACAACCCCUGGUGGUACUUUAUUUUGUCUUCAUUUCAAUCAUUGAAGUAUAUUCUUAUUGGAAAUGUACUUUUGGAUAAGUAGGGGUAAGCCAGUUGGAUCUCUGGUUGUCUAGUCAUUGUCAUAAAUCAGCCAAGCAAAAACCUUGUUCUAUUUUUCAAUCAAAAAGCAAUUAUAAAUGCAUACUACAUGCAAAUGGAUGUUUUUAAUGACCAAUUGAAUAAGGACAUCCCUAUCUUAACUGGCCUAAAUGUCUUCUGGUAGUGUCAGUUCAACUUUCAGAAGUGCCACUUAAGGAAGUUUGAGUUUUGUUUUUGUAAUGCACUGUUUUUAAUCUUUUUUUUUUUUUUUUUUUGGUUUUAAAAGCACAAUCACUAAACUUUAUUUGUAAACCAUUGUAACUAUUAACCUUUUUUGUCUUAUUGAAAAAAAAUGUUGAGAAGCAUUUUUAACCUGUUUUGUUAAUGCUCUAUGUUUGUAUUUGGAAUAUUUGAAUGAUGACAGAUGGUGAAGUAACGUGCAUACUUUAUUGUGGGCCAUGAAUGCAGCGGUUCUUACUUUUCCUGGACUUAAAGAAAAAAAAAAAGGUUUAAGUUUGUUGUGGCCAAUGGUGAAACCUACAAGAUUUCCUUAUAAGCUCAACUAGAGGCAUUACUUGCUUUGAAUUGCCAAAUGAUGUCCUCUGACUAUAGAUUUUUAUGAUCAUUUUUUGUCAUUAUAUAAAUUUCAUUGACUUUAUAAUUGGUGCUAUUCAAAGAAAAAAAUGUGCAUUUAUUCAUAUAUAGGUAUCAGGCCUGUCCCCACUGGAAAAAAAAAGCCAAACAAAACUGAACCACAGAAAAAAAGCUGAUGUUCACCAAAAACUAAAUGUGUUCACUUAGAUGAUUUGAAAUUUACAUAGAAAAGGUGUGCAGUACUAAGGGAACAAUCCAUGUGAUUAAUGUUUUCAUUAUGUUCAUGUAAGAAGCCUCUUAUUUUUAGCCAUAAUUUUGCAUACUGAAAAUCCAAUAAUCAGAAAAGUAAUUUUGUCACAUUAUUUAUUAAAAAUGUUCUCAAAUACA